AUGGCCAAGUUGGUAAGGCACCUCACUAGUAAUGAGGAGAUCGUCAGUUCGAAUCUGGCUGAAGGCAAUUAUUUUUUUUUAUCCUUUUUGUUCUCACCUUUUUGUAAUUUUGCAACAAAUAUGUUUUCUAAAGAUAUAUAA